AUGGACGUCGUCAACUUGAUUGCUGCCGUUUUAGUAUUUACAGUAAGUUUCGCCACCAGAGUUUCCCAUUUUGCAACCGAUUUCUUCAGAAUGCUGUCUGCGGGAUCUGCUUCAGCACUUGCAUCAUUUACAUAUUCUUCGCCGAGAAACAGGAAACAACUAGUUUCAAUUUGAUAUGUCUAUCACGCGCAAUCAAUAACGUCCUGGUGUUGAUAUUCGAUUUUCUGAUUCUCACCUUCCCCACAACACUUUUGUAAGUCGGAAGGAUCCAGUUUCAAAACGUUCCUUUGCUAUUGCAGAUCCGUCAACUUCUAUCCGAUUUCUCUGGAAGCCAUUAUCAUUAUUUUAACUGUGAACAUCUAUCUGGUCAACGAAUUUCAGACCGUUUUGAUAGCCGUUAAUCGAUUCUUCGCCAUCUUCUUCCCCUUUACCUACACAAAAGUGUUUAAUCUCAAAUUCACAGGGGUUUGUGUUUGUUUGAGCAAUUAUGUGAACAGGAAACUAUGAAUUUCAGGUUUUUCUGGGAUUGAUCUAUUUGAACCGGAUUUACGCAACAGUCAAGGAGCUUUAUCGCCAGUUUUGUGAGUCUGAAAACGGAAAUUGGGCAAUUCGGAACAGUAAUUUUCAGCAAACGACUGUGAAGUGUAUUUGAGUCUGGAAACAUUCGGAACCAAGUACGGCAACGAGAGCUGUUCGGCGAUAAAUGAGCUGAACGACGACGGAACGGUCAUAGGAACACUCUUCUUCUUCGCCUUCACCAUUAUUAUCAACAUGCUCACUUUCGGCCGAAUAUUAGUGUUUUAUUUUGUAGGAGUCAGCCUUUCGUCACCCCUUUUCCGUAAUCUUUGAGUCUUUCAGAAGCAAAACAUGGACACUGAAAGUCAGAAAUCUGCUCAGAAGAACGUCCGUCUCUUUUUCCAGACGGUUCUCCAAGACUCUCUAUUCUUUGUGGAUGUUCUGUUCACUUUCAAAAUGAGGUCAGCUCUGGAAUUCUGUUCGAAAUAUCCAAUCCCCUUUCAGUUAUCUGAGCACUCACCGGUUCUGGUUAUUCGUCAGCGCCGUUCUCGUUUGGGAGUCGAUUCACACGUUGGACGGGUUCGUUCUCUUCGUUUCCUUUCGGAUGUGAACAUUGACAUUUAGCCUAAUCAUGUUGAUGUUCUCCGAAAGACUGACACUUCUGAAGACCGCACUUUUCCGAUCUUCAAAGAUAUCGGCGUCUUCGUUUAGAACGUCUGAAAUGAGAGGUCACGGAUCGACAACUUUGGCAAAAAUAGGAUAAUUGCAAAUGUUUGUCAUGUUUACAAGACACUCUUUGAGUCAUUUGGAGAACGGUUGCACAAUCAGACGCAUUUCUCAUCACUUUGAGCGAAUUAACUUCAUAGAAACUUUCUUAUAACUUCUUGCCUGAUAAAGCCGAGUUCUCGCGUGAAACAGUCCCGUUCGAAGCAUUUAAUAUAGAUUCCGUCCGGUUCAUUUCUCUCCGGAUAUGUCUUCUUCCCAGCCGACGACGUCUUCUGCCCGUCCCCCGGCUCCUCCGAGUCCAUCUUCUUCUUCCCUGACUCCUGACGCGCAGAGGGCAGCAAUCGAGUGAGUGCUUUCCGCAUCAAUUCUCAAAGAAACAUCCAUUUUAGGGAGGAUGACGACGAUGAAAUUAGCUGGGAUCCGUACAUUGUAGUCGACGAAUGUUCCGACGGAAAAACGCUGGAAUCAGUGGCGCCACAAGUGCCACGUGGCCGCGGAUCCGGUCCUGGAUUCCGAUGA